CCCAUAAACACGAUGACCGGUCUCUGACCCCUCCUACAACUUGGGCUGGCCCUCAAUUGCAAUCCUAGAUCCGAGCUGAUCACCUGAGAAGUGCUUCUCCGGGCUAUACUCUACCGUCGUCUCAAAUUUCUAGUAGUCUCAGUGAUUCAACCUUUUCUUAAAAUAGAACAAUUAAAAAAAAUCCUAAACCUGGAUUGUCAAGAGUUUUCGAAAAGGGGGUUUGUCGAUUCAACCUUUUCUUAUAAUUCAUUGCAGGUUUAUUCAGAGCCGAUACACGAGGUUGCGGGGGAGAAAAUCAAUGGGGAAGGAGGUUUACAGAAACCUUGUGAAAGCAGUGAAGAAACACAUCGGAAAGGAAGAGCACAAAGCCCAUUUCACCGAUUUUAUAAAAGAGGAGUUCAGGAACAGCAUCAAUACCGAAGCUGCUGCUGCUAAGAAGCGUAUUUCCAAUAAUCAUCAAGAGGAUAGGUUAAAGCUUGCCAAAGAUUACACCUUUCUCCUCAAUAGCGUUCACCAUCAAAAGAACUUGCUCUUUUCUUAUAAUAUCGCAGUCGAUAGGUCUGAUGAGAUGAAAAAAGUUUUGAGAAAAUCUGCUGCCAGCGUGGGACUCCAACUUCCUGAAGCUUACCAGCCAUGACAGCUAUUAGGUUCGUGCACAGAACUGGUGCAACAUGGUCAAUAACUGGUGAAGAAUCCCGGAACCCACCAGAGAUAUUCUAAUAUCCUGUUAAGCUAUUAUAUUAAGAGAACUAUGUUUAAUUUGGGAAAUUCUCUGAUGGGCAUAUUGGUUUGGAUAUUAAUAAUUUUUAAUCCCUCCAUAUUCAAAUAGUUUCUCCAGGCCUCCCUAAUAUUGUUUUUACAGUUUUUAGUAGGUUCAUUACUUUUCUUUUUUAUCCGUUUCUAAAUUUUUCACUCACUUUGUUUGAUGAAAACAAUGUGUUUGAUAUUGUU